UUCCUUGUGAUAUUCGACUCUGAACUUUUGUCGUAAACGUUGCUUUUUUUUUUUCUCACCCCCUACUAAGUUACCACAAUGGGGCCCCUCACCCUUCCUAUUGUGAUGUCGCUUCUGUUUUGUGCGGCGCAAGGAAGUCCCCAACUUCGACGAGCCAACGAUCGCCAAGGGCAAUGCGCCUACACCUUCACGGUUCCCAGCCCGAGGGAAGGCACCUGCACAGAACCCGGAGAAGCAAUGACGGCCAUCAGGGAGCUGCAACGGGAAAACGCUGCCGUCAGGCAAGAGACGGACGCAACGAAGACCCGGCUGAGCUUAUUGGAGAAGGUGGUCAACAGGUUAUUGGGGGGUGAAGCAACCGGAGAGUCGACGUCUUCGUCCCAGUCUUCCGCACACGCUCAGGUUGAGGUGCAAAGGCUGAGGUUGGAGAAGGAUGAAUGGGAAAGUCAGAGGGGAAGCCUGGAGAUGGCUUAUUCCGACCUCCUGAAGGAGAAGUCUUCCUUGGAAGAGGAAAAACAGAGGUUGACCGAGAGGCUAGAAAAGGCGCAGCAGAAGCAAUGUCCUCAGGUGGACGAGACGUCUCGGAAUAGAGAUCAGCCGAUACCUUCCAGACAAGGAGUCGGACUGUCUGGCGCAGGGAGUCAUGGAGGAGUACCCAGGACAUCCUCCGGACAAGGCAAAGGCGGACCAUCUGAAUUAUCUCGCUGGGGAGCGGACGGGGUCGGGUACCAGGAGCUGAAAUCUGAGCUGACAGCACUGCCGGCCUCUCGGAUGCUUCCAGAAAGUCAAGGCUCGGAGAAGAUGGGGAAACCAGGAUGCGGUGAACUUACGUGGGUCGGAGAACCUACCACUUUCCGAAAGGCAGAUAACAUCGCUGGUAAAUAUGGAGUUUGGAUGAGAGACCCGGAACCAGUAUCUCCAUUCACUCUGGACACCGUCUGGAGGAUCAAUACCGUGGGAGCCGACAUCCGGCAGGUUUUUGAGUAUGAGAAUGUUGACCAGUUAGUAAAGGGUUAUCCCGCCAAAGUAUACGUCGUGCCUCGUUCCAUGGAGAGCAAUGGGGCCGUGGUAUACAAGGGCUCCAUCUACUACGCACGUAGAAAAUCCAGAAUAAUAGUAAAGUACGACUUCAAGACAGAAACCGUGGCAAUCCAGAAGGAACUUGUUGACGCCGGGUUUCACGGUAAAUACCCGUAUUCUUGGGGAGGCUAUACCGAUAUCGAUCUGGCGGUUGAUGAGUUGGGUUUAUGGGCGAUCUACAGCACGGAGAAUACUAAGGGAUCCAUAGUGAUCUCACGGUUAGAUCCCGCAACCUUGGAAGUGAAGCAGAGCUGGAACACCACAAUUAGGAAAUCGUCCGUGGCCAAUGCGUUCAUGGUGUGCGGCACGCUCUACACGGUGGCCAGCUACUCCUCUCCCACCACCACUAUCAAUUUCGCGUUCGAUACCCACACAGGGGUCCAGAAGGCGCUUAGCGUCCCCUUUAAGAAUCUCUAUGGCUAUAAUAGCAUGGUGGACUACAACCCAACUGAGAAAAAGAUUUAUGGAUGGGACAAUUACAACAUGGUGGCCUACGAUGUCAGGCUGUCCAAGAUGUGAAGAGACGUGGAAGUGGAAGACCAUAUGUUACAAGGGCAGGGUGGGAAGACUUCCAGGUGGCCUGGGCUACAUUAAGAGGGAGGGAUGAGCUCACCUGGCUUAGGCAAAAACUAAGAGGAACAACCUCUCCCAAUAUUAUCUGUGCUUUAGCCACCGGAAAUCGUUCUUUCUUGCGUUGAGGUUCUCUUUGCUCUCGAGCAAAUGGGGAACAAUAAAGCUUUGCGUAGUUUGUGGUAUUACAAGAAACCGCCAGAAGGCAGAAUCUAGAGGGAAGUCAUAAAUGUGUUCUUAAAGGGGUACUCCACUGCCUCAGCGUUCAGAACAUGUAGUUCUGAAAGCUGCGUGCAGGCUGUG